ACUAAUAAACUAAAACAGCAAAAGCAUAAACAAAUUACAUGUUGUGCUGUAAAAAUUAAAAGAAUUUCAUUCAAUUUCUCUAAAAAAAAAAUUAAAGAAAAUAAUAAAAAUAUCUUCAAAAUGGAUGACCCCUUAAAGCCCAAACCUGUACCCUUAGCUGCCGAGACAGUAUUAUGGUUCGAAUUUCUCUUAGAUCCUGAAUUAAUAACCAAACAUUUAAAGAAAAUAAAUCCAGAUCCUUCUGCUUUGGAACUUUUAUCACAGUUCAUUUCCAUGGCUCCGGAUAAUGUGGUAAUACCACAAUUUGAUUUAACUAAUACCGACCCUAACGCAAUGCCGGUGCCCAAUCCACCCGUAGUAACGGGUAUGCCGGUUAAUAUAGAGGGUUUGCGUUUGACACGCAAACAAUUGGCUUUAAAGGUUUUGGCACUCAAAGUGGCCACAUGGCUUAAAUGGAAUUUGGAUGUGUUUGAAAAAAAUCUACCCAUACCCAAGCAAUUGUGUCUACUAAGAGAUUUAUGUACCAUAAGUUUUGGCAAAAGAGUAGCCAUACCAUUUACAAAUGAUUUUCAGGCUAAAAUAACUGCUGAGGGCAAUGAAAAGGCUGCUAAAUUUGCCUUAACCUUCUAUCAUCGCUGGGUAUUAAGACUGCAAAUUCUUAAGGACAUAGCUGUCAAAGCAGCUCGGCCCAGUAUGGGCAAUAUGUUCGUUCCCCUUGAACCCAUGCAUCAAUUUUUCGCUCCCGAAAUAAACCCCCAGACGAGCAUAGAAUUUUUACAAGAACUUUGCAAAUCCAAUGAACCCUUUCAUGUCUUCUCUUAUGAAACAUUUGUACCGCCUCACCCUAAUGAUGAUGUCAAUUUACCACAAAAAUUUGACGCUAUGCUACAGAUAUCACCAGCUGAGCUGAGAACUCAAAUCUGUUUUGAUCUGGUUAAUUUCUAUUUGUAUACCAAGCAGUAUCUAUUGGCUCGAGAUGCCGUAAAUGAAUGUCGUCGUUAUUUGAAUUUAACUAAAAAUGAAUAUGAAAUGAUUGGUAAAAUACCCUCACAGUUUGUUUUCUGUCAUGUGAAUGAAGAUGAAUUGGAGGGUUAUCUGUUGGCAUGUGGUGUAAGUGCUCAAUCGCAGACCUUAACGGAACGUUUUAAUAUGUCACAAUUGACACAAUAUAAGGACAUUAUUGAAAUUCUAAAAUUAGAUAACCGUAAACGUGAAAUACCUUUGGUUAAUAGACGUAUAUUGGAACUAGACAUAGAGGGUGCUAUAUCGCAAGGCAUAUUAAAGGAAACCAAACAAUUAGAAAUGCAAGUAUCGGCACUCAAUUUGGUGCGCAGUAAAUUUGAAGAGGGCAACAUAUUUGCCAGUGUGGAUUAUUUUGAAAAGUACGCACAAUUAAAUUGUUUUGCAGCAGUAGUGGAGAGUAUUAUGGAUGUUUUACCCCAUAGUUCUUUAAGUGAACGUAAUAUGCUUAAACAAUUUCUUAUCGAUUGUAUAGUCAAGCAUAAAAAUAAACAAUGGCUACAGGAAAUUAUGCAUUUGAGUAUUUUUACACCCAUAGAGCUAAAGGAUUUGCUGCAACAAAUACAGGAAGAAGAAUUACCACAACCAACAUUGGCUUUGUUAAAUGAAUGGAAAUUUAAUUCUAAAAUGCCACGCAUAGAAAUAGGCUCUCUAGAAAGACAACUUAUAUCCUGUACCAAUGCUAAUACAGUACGAAAGUUGUUAGUGAAAUUAGCAGCCACUAAUCCCGCCAAACCUUUGUGGACGGUAAAUCCUAGUUGGGAAAUAUCUACACCUAUUAAGUCGGUAUUAAUGUCUAUGCAAAGAGGUUUUCUACAAGAUUUUGCUUAUGUUUUAUUGGGUAAAGCAAGAGAACUAACAGCAAAGGGGAAUUAUGAAGGUGCUGUUUCUAUGUUAAGCAUUUUAAAAUCAGAAACCCAAAGACCAGAACUAUCAAAUGCUACUGUUAUCUCUAAAUUGGGUAAAUUAGUUAAUUGGGAAAUCUUACUAAUACAAAUUACUCAGUGUUUAGAUGAAUGGAAUAAUAAAACCUUAGAUUUACAAUCACUGGGUAAUCGUUGUAAACAAUGUUUACAAUCCUUGCAAACCAAUGAUAACAUUAUACCCCGCAUAGAGAUCAUCGAAAGCUGUGCUUUAAUGUUAUUAAAUCUUAAUGAUUGGACUGCGAUUAUGCUGCUAGACAAACGUUUGCCACAAUUAGAAUUGCCUAUAGCCUUUGCUGCUACCUUUUUGGAUAUGGAAAAAAUGAAAGGACCUAAAAAGAUAUGUCGUGAUGCCUGGGACUUGGUAUUGUCCAUGUUUCUUAAUACUUCUAAAAGAGGCAACAGUACAGGCGGCGGUGGUGGUGGUUCUGGCAGUGGUGGUGGCAGUUCACGUAAUUCACCCUGUUUGGCUGUUUCAACGGGUUUACAUCCGUUUUUAAAACGUAUACGUCAUCAAAUGUUAUUCAAUUUGGCCAUUUCUAUGUUAGGUAAAAUACACAAUAUUCUAAAAGAUGAUGCCAAUCAUGAUUUAAAUGGUGAAUAUAUGCAAUUAUGGCCCACCACUAUAAGCAAUCCUAUUGGUUAUAGCAUAAGAUCUGUGUGUGAAACAUUACAUUGGUUACUUACCGAAGCUUUAAAAUACUAUCCCCAAACUAUACCCUGGCUAAAAAUGAAGGGUGAUCUUGAAUUAGCUAUCGGUAAUAAUGAGGCGGCAAUGCGCUGCUAUGUUAACGCUUUGGUAACUGGAACUGACUAUUGUAAUAUUCCCCUACAACGUAAUGUUGCUGAUGAUUAUAUAAUACGUAAAAUGAUAAGAUGUUCUUCAAAUUUGGGUUGUCAUAUGCAAGCAACGGUUUUAUGUCAGUUUUUAGAAGAAAUAGAUUAUGGCAUUGUUUUCAAAAAUCUCACCGAAAAAUGUUCAAAUUUUACGGAUGCCAUGGAUGCAUAUUACAAUUGUAUAUGGGAUACUACACUAUUGGAGUUUAUAAUUAAUUUACAUGCUAAAAAGGGUGAACAUAGUAGAAAGCUAGAGGCGAUUUCCAUUAUGGGCACUUUAGAACUAAAUGCCAACAAUAAUGAUGAAAUCAAACGUGAAGCUGCUUCUAUAAGAAAAUCUCGCUUUCUUAGAGCCUUGGCCAAGCAGUAUUUACUUUAAUACAUUAAAUUUAAUCACUUUU